UGGCAGCUCACUUGUGACCCACUGAGAGACAGUCCAGAUCCGAAACAAAGCAAGAUGUAUACAGAGCUUGAGUGCGGAAUUUGUUACCUGACCUACAACGCAGGUCGGCGGUGUCCCCGGGAGCUCCACUGCAAACACAGCUUCUGCGAGAGCUGCCUGCUGGCCCUCUCGCGAGCCCUGGGACCCGAUGAGACGCGUCUGGGAUCUGACAGAUCAAUCAUGUGCCCGCUGUGCCGACACACCACAUCCAUCUCCGGAGAGGGGAAGGUGGGAGCCGAGCUGAGGGUGGAUGAGUGCGUCCUGAAGCGGCUGCUAGCUGCGGGGAUCCUCGACCAGGAAGAAGAAGAAGAGGAGGACGGUCACGUUCAAGUCGGCAACGAAGAGGCGACGCUACCCGAGACUCCAGCCGAGGAGGGCGACUCCUUCCCGGGCUCCAGAGGUGGGAGGCUCCGGCGGUCUUGGAGCAAAUUUUGGCGGAAGAUUUGCGGGAAGAGCACGGGGCAGAGAGGCAGAGAAAACUAUAUGACCAAUGAUGACAUGAGGAACCUCGCCAUAAUGUCCUGCUACAUGUUUUAAGGAGUCUACUAGUGAUGGGAAUUACGGCUCCAUUCCUUUCCGAGAGCCGGCUCUUUCGGCUCCAAACGGCUCUUCAUUUAGUACCACUUCUGCUGGUCACUGCCUAGGUUACUUUCUUAUUUGUUGCAAGAAAUAAAUAUGCAUAUUCCGUGGGAUGUGUCAGUAACUAUCCUAGUUGUAUAACAAAAAUUACACCCUACUAAUGAAAUAGUAUGGUUAAUAAAAAAAUGACACAACUCUAUACAGACACCUACAGAAGCCCUAUAUUUCAGUUCCGACACAUCACUGGAAUCUACACCUUCAGAUACCCUGGAUAAUGUGAUACUAUUUUUAUUUUCAAUGGUUCUACUGCGCAACAUGGACUUGAUGAUGAUGAUCAACCUUGCUGGCAAGACACAUGGACACAGUCAGCCAUGAUUUAAGUUUUUCAGCUUCCUGAAUGCUUGUUUAAAUGAUGACCACUAUGUAGCUGUUGCGCUCAAAUGAGGAAAAAAUGGGAAAGUGGCCCAUUUUAGGCCUAUUACUGCACUAAUGUAUGUAAUAUUUAUUCUUUUAAUGAAUGUAUUUAUUUUGAAAUAUUUGUUACAUAUUUAAGGAAGAAUAAAAGAGUUCUGGUUUCAACUCA